AUGCCUCAUCCUCCUCCUCCGUGUUGGCGACCGCAUAUACCUCGUACUGAGCUUGCGGACGUAUACGGCCAUCUCGCCGAGCCAGAACUUCAAGGUGUUAUACCAUUAAAGAGCGGCCUCACGCCAGUAACUUUGAAACCGCAUUCUACCUAUGAUGAGAGAAAAUUCGCCGACGAUGUGCGCUGGCUACAGAGGCUUUGCUUGGCAGAUUUUACCGCUGCAGAGUUGGAGAGGUUAGAUGUCUUGGCACCACUUUACCAUAUCUAUGAAGACGAAACUGCAAUUAACCCAAAUGCGGACAUUACCAUCCAUCCUGUAAUGCAAAGAAAAAAGUGGAAUUACCCCUUGCCAAAACAAUUGGCUGACUUCCCUUUGGGAGGAGACUUGGAUGGGUACUGGAAUGCUGUAAGUGGAAGGCUUCCUGUGGCGGGUGCAAAUGACGGUUCUGAUGAUGACGCAGUGUACAGACGACACUGUGUGGGAGGUCAUACUUCCAUCCAUUCGAAUAGCAAGCUUGUAUAUCUCGCAUGCGGAUUUGUGGCCAUGUCGGAGGUCCCUUUUACAUUGAUGACACCACGUUCAGGCUGGAAACGAUUCAAUACUAGAGAUCCUCUAGUGUAUGGGACUGAAGCAGGUAGAAGAAACGUCCGAGACAGAAUCUUGAGCCAUUCUAAGAAUAUAUAUUUCCGCCUAACAAGCUCGUAUACCGAUCCAGCAAACGGUGUUCUAGCAGUAGAUCACAAAUUUGGAAGUAUUGCUGGACAAACGUUAACCAGCUCAAUAAGCAACAUUUCUGUUGUAAACAUUGAUUUCCAUGCUCUCGCAGCUUUGCUUCCUGGAACUGUGGAAAAGUUGAAUACUGCAGAAAUACGUAUGGUCCAGGGAGAAGUUGCAAAGACCAUCAUACAUGAGCUUGGUCAUGCCCUUUUUCAGCAAACAUACAAAACCUAUUUGCCCAACCAUAAUGGCAAUGAGAUAUAUUUUCAUCGGGAAGUAAUUGCGGAAAUGGGGAUAUCGAUGGAGCAGAGUGUAUUUGGCGGGACUACACGGUCUCUUCGUGAUGCACCAGAUGAUGCGUUGCUCGAUUUGGAGGGAGGAGUUGUGUUCAAUGAUAUAAACAACGCGGGCACUCACGGUAAUGAAGGGAACCCAGUCCUACUCAAUAAACCACCGGUGAUUACUCCAUCCCUUCGAGCUGUUUCUUCCCGCAUUCAAUUCACCACGAUAUACUUUGACAUGGAUAUGGGAAGCAAAAGCAGAUUUGAAUCCUUUGUUAUGAAAUAUGGAACACAAACUGUGAAAUAUAAAAAGGUCAUAGGUACAAAGGUUGAUCUCAAGGAAGAUGGUACGAGAUUCAGUAGUAUAAGGGAUCCGUUCAUCGAGUUUGAGGGCAUACCAAACAACGGUCAACAUACCAGGUUAAGGUCGGACACAUUGAAUACUUCAGAGCCCCCUCGCAAACGACAGAGGAUCCCAACCGCCCCAGCCGCCGUUGUGCGAAGGGCUCGUACUUUCCGAGGGCCAAGGCGCACCCAGGCAACAAAACCACAGAUUGACACGCUUGCUGAAUUCAGAGAUCAAGAUUUACCGCCAUGUCCUCGGUUCGACGAGAUUAGCGCGUAUUUGAUCGAUAAUCGUCGAGAGUUGGCUCUGCACACAAUGUGUUUUGCCAUGCCUGAGCAUACUUUGCGUGAUUAUAUUUUACGACUUGGUGGGCUGGAAAUUAGUGCCAAAGAAUGGCGUGCGUAUCUUCUGCAUUGCGAAGCCGUCCCGUAUCUCUUUAGGUUCCAGCCGCAUGGAAGAAUUCGUGACAUCUCGACUUAUCGUGGCUCCAUCCAACUUCAUGCUUCCAGCUGGCCAAAGACGGAUCUUCCACCCUUCAAGUCGAUAGAUGCAGGGGAUGAACGUUUUAUGAAAAAACUCGUCAAAGGGUUGAGACUUUGCAUCGCUAUGGACGCGCUCUCAAGAAAAUACGACCAAUUUUUAGAUCAGAUAUGGCUCCAUUCUGUCUUCUGGGACGUCGACAUUGAGACAUUCCUUACUUUGUUCAACGCCGAUGUCAAACAGGGUGAUGGAGUAGCGAGCAUGGUUGGACUAGAUCUGAUUUCCAAAGAAGAAGUUGAAGAUUUGAUACAGGUUUUGGCAUCUAUUCGAUUAGUACUUACUUGGGCUCCAAAAGGCAUCAUCCGACGCUUACCACUAACUACCACGGAAUGCAAAGUACUCACCAGUGGAGGAACAAGCCUAAGAGACAUUGUUCUGCCCAAAGGUCGAUCACUGAUUGAUUGGGAUGCGGGAUAUGAGGCUUUGUGUAAGUGGGACGACGAGGAUAUGGAAACCAAUCUGGAAACGCUGGACAAGGGGGACACGGGCAUCACGUAUGCUGACGGGCGACACGAAAGCGCCAAGGAGUACGCGACGCGUACCGAACCGCCGCCCGUCAAGACGCAAGCGCAGCUGGAAGCGGAAGAGUUUGCGCAGCAAGUCUUGGAUUUGGAUACUUCGGUUCUGGCGUAUAUGGAGGCGCAUCCGGAGGCCGCGGACGAGGAUAUCUUUGAACAGUCGUUUUGGGAGAUGUGGAGGGGGUUUCAUGGCGAGGGGACGAGGGAGGAUGCGCAGGAGGAAUUUUAUGAUUCGUUGCCGCAUCUUAAGGCGUUGAGGAGGGGGGGUGGGGAUGCUGGUGGGGGUGGGGGUGCUGGGGGUGGGGGUGCUGGGGGUGGGGGUGCUGGGGGUGGGGGUGCUGGUGGAGGGGGAGGGGGAUUGAAUGUGGAGAAUAUUAUGAAUGCUAUGGCGGCGGAGGGGAAUUGUCCGGAGAUGUGA